GCGUUCGUGAAACUGCAUUGCUACCACAGGGGAAGUCUGGCCCCCUCAAACUCGGCCAGAGUGGCUCAGCCUGGCUCAGCCUGGCUCAGCCUGAGGUCCUGCUCCGACAGAUGACUUGAGGGUAUCUGCGGUCGCGAUUCGAUAUAAGUCCCAGGCGGAGAGCGUUAGCCUUGUGUCUCUGUGUUCCCUUGAUUACGAGAUCUCCAUACCAGUCAGCGAUAAUGACGCCGUCAAUUGAUCUUAUCAAUGUGUGCGAAAGCCCUGUCCAAACAGGAGACUCGACUGUCCAGCAGCUCAACGACCCGAUCCAGACGCAGAAGUUGACACGCGAGGCUGAACGUCAGACCCACUUCCAAAAGAUAUCGAACGGCGUAUUUGAGGUACCGAAUGGUUACCGCAAGGUCGAAGUUACAAUUAUUCGAUGGCACGAACAGCUGGACGAGUUCAAAGGACACGGCAAGGAAAUUGAGGAGCUGAAAACUAUAUUCGUCGACCUCUUCGGAUUCAACUGCCAUAUUGUGGAGCUCUGUAACGACAAAUCCCCUCAAAUUGAACUAGAAUACGCCAUCCUUUCACAAGUUCGAAAUUUUCCGGAUGACGAUACUUUGAACAUAUUCUACUACACGGGCCACGGCAUCAAGGUUGAGGGUCCGAACGGACCGCGCUUACAGCUGGCUGCGACGCGAAAUUGGAUUCCAGAUUCGAGAUACCCUCCAACGGCUUUUUGGGACGACGCUGAAAGACCCUUACUUUCUCAAGUGCGUUGUGACGUCCUGACCAUACUGGAUUGCUGUUAUGCGGGUACGGCAGCCCUCAAAGGCGACGAUGAAGGCAGCCGAUCUUACCAAAUGCUCACUGCGUCUCCACCAGACGGAAACACUCGCGGGCCGGGUUCGGAAUCCUUCACGCACGCCUUGUGCGUUUCACUUAGGCAGAUGCUGCAAGAGGCUGAUGGUGGAACAUUCAGAGUUGACCAGCUUUGCGAGAAGAUCAACCUCACAAGGUUGACCCAUGCCUCACUACACUGGAGUCGCAUGUCGGCAUACGGCCAUAUCAUCAACCUGAGUCGACUUGAGAAGACAAAGGAGAGAGAAAAGUCCUUUGCCAAGAGAGAUGUCGAGAAAGCUUCGUUGCUCCUCAGAUUGUACUUGAAGAAUGGUGAUCUUACCAAUCCGCAGAUCGAGAGGCUUGCGCGCAAGCUACCACAGGCCUGUAAAGAGGCCAAGAUACCAGUUGUUCGGAUUGCUUGGGUAGACAUGGACGAACUCAAGCCUGGCCGCCGGUUCCAGCAUCUUGUCCGUGAUGUUGUGAAGCGGAACAACAGUACUCCAGACACGACCCAAACAAGCGUACUACAGUCCGGAUCAAAGAAAAGGAACCGAUCGGAUCCUGCUCCUGCGACAAGCAAGCGUCCGGCAUUGGGUAAUAUGCUGGCACCUACCCGGAGGUUGAGUCCCAGGUUGUCGACGCCAGACAGUCUCUCAGAUAAAUGAUGCAUGUCUGAAGGCACUAGUACACUCUUUGUGUUCGUUUACUACCUCGUCAGUCGUUCUAGAUACCCCUGUACUUAAGUUGUUUGUAAAGAAUUAAUCGUUGCACGUCCAUGAUACUUGUGGUAUGCCAGC